AGUCAGUGACUCACGGCUUCCUGCGGCCAAUCCCACGGGCGGGUUCCGAGGCCGGCCCGGAGGGCGGGCGCAAGGCUGGGCCGCGCCACGCGGGGCGGCACACUGGCAGCCGCUUCCUUUUUCUAGCGCACUCGCUCGUCGGCUGCUGCUGCUGCGGGCGCGAAAGGGAGCCCGGCUCGCUGAAGGGGGAGAGAUCCUUCUCACCACGGUGGAGAUGGCCCUAAACAAUCUGACGCUGAAGGCUGCAUCGCUUUAUGAUGAGUGGAUUAAAGAUGCUGAUCCACGAGUCGAUGGCUACCCGCUUAUGGCCUCACCUUUCCCACAGACACUUAUUCUUGGAGCAUAUAUCUAUUUUGUCACCAACCUGGGACCAAAGUUCAUGGAGAACAGGAAACCUUUUGAUUUGAGGCAAUUGAUGGUUUUUUACAACUUCAUUGUAGUGGCUCUUUCAAUUUAUAUGACUUAUGAGUUCCUUAUGUCUGGCUGGGCUACAGGCUAUACCUAUCGCUGUGACAUAGUUGAUUACUCCAGGUCACCUAUGGCUCUAAGGAUGGUUCGUGCCUGCUACUUGUAUUAUUUCUCGAAAUUCAUUGAAUUGCUAGACACGAUCUUCUUUGUGCUCCGAAAGAAGAAUGCCCAAAUUACGUUUCUCCAUGUAUUCCAUCACACAAUCAUGCCUUGGACCUGGUGGUUUGGAGUCAAAUUUGCUCCAGGUGGCUUGGGAACAUUCCAUGGUAUGUUGAACUGUGUUGUGCAUGUGAUCAUGUACACCUACUAUGGACUCUGUUGCUUGGGACCAGCUUACCACAAAUACUUGUGGUGGAAGAAGCAUCUGACGACUAUACAACUGAUCCAGUUCAUUAUGGUUACCGUCCAUAUAGGACAAAUCUACUUUAUGGAUCAUUGCCCAUACCAGUAUCCAAUCUUUAUGUUCAUCAUCUGGCUCUAUGGCACUUUGUUUUUAAUUCUGUUCAUGCACUUUUGGUACCAUGCUUACACCAGAGGCAAAAGACCCCCCAAGACAUUACAAAACGGCAUUACCAGAAACAAAACUGAAUGAAAGAUUCUGCCACAAAACAUGAUUGAAUGUUUUGACUUGACAAUCAAGAUGCAUAGGUGUACAGCACACACUUGUUUUAUAUGUGGUUUUCCAAAACAAAACAAAAAACCUUGUAUUUUUACUAUAAAUUAUUUGGGAUAUAAUCUUUAUGUGGGAGGGAGGGUUAAUCUAAUGAUUAAGAAGAGGCACUGACCUGAAUUUUUCAGCACCAAUGUACAUAUUUUUAAAAAAUGUAUGAAAUAAGUUAAUACUGCGUUGCACUCUUGGAGAUGCAUAUGAAUAUUCAUUAUGGAAAUGAAGUGUGCCUGAUAAGUAUACAAAAGUACUUUGAACACUGACAAAGAUACAAUUGUUUUGGGCUGGUGUUGUAAAUUACUAAGGUCUAAAGGCUACUCAAUGAAAUGGAAUUCAGUUUAUCAACUAUAGACCUCAUUGUCAAAUACAGCUACUGUAAACAUUAAUGUAUUUUAUAAAACUGUACCAUAUGAAAUACUAUGACUAUUUAGUCUUAAAAAUGGACUUUUGUAAUUCUAAGGUGCCUUAGGGUAUGAAGGAGGUAUUGUUGGAAAGGUUGAACUGGUUGCAACGAUAAUCUCAAGCCUCUUGUUUGAGGGACAAUGGUUGUUGCCUGUACCCUGAGCUUAAGCUUGAUUUGAACCGAAUCAUAUGUACUUGAGAAUAUCAAUACCUAUGGGUUGCAUGUUUCAAGGAAAACUGAAGAUGGAAAGAAACUUCCCUUGGAUUCUGACCACUACUUAACUUGCAGUGAAAAUAAUUUGAAGUUUACUGAAACUUCCACAUGAAUGUAUGUUAGAAGUGGGCUGUAAAAUGAUACAAUGCUUAUAUCUGUGUAUGAAGGACUAUGUACCGCACAUCUGGAGCUAGUGUAAACUCUUAAGUCCCAAAAUGUUAAACAUCAAGUUAGUUCCUCUUUGGCAGGAGUGGCAAUUCUGUGGUGCUACACCUGCUGCUAAAAUCAGUCCCAGCCUCCGAGCCCAAGUGUCAGGGAUGAUGAACAACAGCUGGAGACCACACAGGUUGGCUACCUCUGUUUUGUAGACAUGCAUUUCUGCAGGUUGAGCUUCAUGUUGCAAAAAAA